CAUACUGUUUUCGGAGCUUGUCUGUGGAACACAUGCUCCUAGCCUAGGUUCACUACAUAUGAGCAUUGAGUAGUCACAGUGGGUGCUGAAAGGAGUCUGGCCAAAAGUGGUCAAUUUUCCAAAGUGUUGUCUGCAGUUGUUUAGCUUUUGCCCGUUAUUUGGCACAUCUGAUUGUUUGAAUAACAACUGAUAAGUAGCACAACAAUGUCGCCCUCUCUAUUAGGUUGGAUCACUGCCAUUCUUUUGAUCAUCUUCCUAUCUGAGUCAGUGAGGGCGACUUGUGACUCGAAUCGCUUGCGUCAAGGAUGCAGGAUCCAGGAAGGUUCUUGUCUGUGUGGAACAGGAUGCGAUACGGACUAUCGUUAUUCUAAUAAACGAGAAUGCGAGUCUGCUCUCCGAGGUCGAUCGCAAGAUCCUUGUUCAUCACGGCCCUGUAAUAGAGGAAGCUGCUUGCAAAUUUUGAACUCGCCCAAUGGCUAUAACUGCCUUUGUUCAGGCACAAAUUAUUUCGGUGAUCGGUGUGAGCAGCGUUGCCCACGCCGUUCCAGCCUUCGAGCUGGAGAGCGCUUGCCCAUCCAGUGCAUCGUUGUUUAAACUUGUCGAAUGCAACUAUGGUAUUUGAAUACGCGCAAUAUCUAGCCGCUAAAUUGAUAUAAAAUUUCAGGCUGUGUGACAACUGAUCAAGCAAAACGGCGCAUUUUAAUUCACUACACAAACAAAUGAAAAUUUGAAUUUGUUGCAUGUCUUCAUUUCGGUUACCUCCACAUUUUACUAGCGGAUUGAAAAA